UCUGAUACAAGUGCCCAUGAGUGAGAAGGGCAAGAUCACCCGUGGCCGACUGGGCUCUCUGUCUCUGAAGAAGGAGGGAGAGAGGCAGUGUUUCCUCUUCUCCAAGCAUCUGAUCAUCUGCACUAGAGGCUCUGGAGGAAAACUACACCUCACCAAGAAUGGAGUGGUGUCGCUCAUUGACUGCACACUGAUAGAGGAACCAGAGGGCACAGAUGACGAGUCUAAGUCAGACAAGAGCGGUCAGGACAUGGAGCACCUGGAUUUUAAGAUUGUGGUGGAGCCCAAAGACAGUCAGUCCUUCACCAUCAUCCUGGUGGCCUCCUCACGGCAAGAGAAGUCAGCCUGGACCAGCGACAUCAGCCAGUGCAUAGAUAAUAUUCGUUGUAAUGGGCUGAUGAUGAACGCCUUUGAGGAGAACUCUAAAGUCACUGUGCCCCAGAUGAUCAAGUCUGAUGCCAGUUUGUACUGUGAUGACGUGGAUAUCCGCUUCAGUAAGAUGAUGAACUCCUGCAAGGUGUUGCAGAUCCGCUACGCCAGCGUGGAACGCCUGCUGGAGAGGUUGACCGACCUGCGCUUCCUCUCCAUCGACUUCCUCAACACCUUCCU